AUGGCAACGGUGCCUGUUUCAUUAGCACCGACAGAAUAUGGAACAGAUCAAGACGUGGCGGCUUUGUCACGUUUAAGCUUCAUCACCGCCGUGCACCCUGACAUCAUCCUCACCCACAUUCUCACGCGCCUCGACGGCGCCACGCUUGCAACCACCGCCUCCACUUCCUCCCACCUCCGCCUCCUCUGCGCCGACGAAGAUCUCUGGCAAAAAAUAUGCGCCGCCACGUGGCCUUCACUCACGGACCCCACCACAAGCCACGUCAUCUCCACCUUCCCCGCCGGCCACCGUUCCAUUUUCUACGACGCGUUUCCCUCCCUGCACCAUAAUUCUCCCUCUGAUCCCUACCGUCUGCCACCGCCACCUCCUCCGCCGGAGCUUAUUUCCGCCGUGGACAUUUACUACAACGGUGAGCCCAUGUUUUCCAGGGUCCACCGCACAGAAACAGAGAAGAACUGGUUUCUGACCUCACCUUUCUGUGUGGAGAUGCUUGAACCGGACGGGAUGGUCCCCACGCCGGUGAGAUUCUCAUUGAUAUUCGAGGAGUGGGCGAGGCACAUGGAGGAGAGCCUGCGGCUGAGCUGGGUGGUUAUCGACCCGACACUGAAGCGCGCGGCGAACGUGUCCAGCAGGAGGCCGGUGUGGGUGCGGCGGCACUGGCUGACGAGAGACUUGGAGGCUGCUUUCGCGAUAGUGAUGGAGGCGGAGGAGGUGCGGUGCUGGGUGAAGGUCACGUGGUGUGGGAAGUUCGGAAGGAAGGUGUACGUGAGAAAGGUGAAAAUGGAGAUGGAGGACGCGGAGGGAGGGCACGUGAGGGGGGAGGAAGCGGUGGGGAUUCUGCAGAGGGCGAUGGAGAGUGGCGUGAGGAAGAGGGUAGUGGUGGAUGGCGGUGGUUGUGGCGUGGAAGCAGUGAUGAAGAGUUAUGAGAAAUUCUCUUGCAUGGUGAAGGAGAGGAGAAAGAGGAAGCAUAGGAGACAGGAGAUGAUGGAUGUUGCUUCUACGUUGCUGGCGUUUGCUGUUUUCCUCUUGUUUUGCUUCUUAAUUUAUAGUACUAAUAAUUUGCUGACUUAUGAUGAACAUGUUAGUGGGUGUAUAGCAUAA